AUGGAUCGUUACGUCAGAGUAGAGCAGCGGAAGACCGAGCAGCCUACGAUUCAAGAGAAUGAAGUCCGGAUCAUGGCCGCUGGGAAGAUGCGCAACUACAUCUCCUACGCCACCACCCUCCUCACGGACAAGGGCCAUGACGCUGUUGUCUUGAAGGCUAUGGGCCGCGCCAUCAACAAGACCGUGACCAUAGCCGAGAUCAUCAAGCGGCGGAUCAUGGGGCUGCACCAGAACACGCAGAUCGGCUCUGUGGACAUCACAGACACCUGGGAGCCUCUGGAGGAGGGGCUAAACCGGCUGGAGACGACGCGCCACGUGUCUGUGAUCACCAUCACGCUGUCCACCGCCCUGCUGGACAUCACCACCGUUGGCUACCAGGCGCCCAUCGAGAACGAGCUCGGAUAUGGCGUCCACCCAGGCGGCGACGGCAGCUACAGGGGCGGCGGCGGCGGCGGCGGCGGCCGGGGCCGUGGUCGCGGCGGCGGCGGGCGCUUUGGGGGCCGGGGGCGCGGGCCGCCCCAGCAGGGCUGA